AUGGCAGACCAACCGCCCGAGCAACCUCUCCAACCAGAGCGACCCGAGCAACCAGACAACGCCAUGCCCGACCAACAAGACAGCGCAAUGCCUGAUGCUGCGCAUACGCCUGCGACUGCGCCCGCCGCCGCGCCCGAUGCCAUGUCCGACGCUGACAAGGUGAGCUCACCUGCUAGUCAUCCGUCAAAGAGACACGCUGAUGACGAUAUAUCUCAGAUCCGCGCAAAGCGCCUUGCAAAGCUCGGCGGUCCUGCGACUCCAAGCGGUCUCUCACGGCCGCCUUCAACAGCCCCCGAAGCUGCAUCAUCGGGCACUUCAUCGCCGAAGCCUACCAAAUCACAGGCACCACCACCGAAGCCUCAACCUGAGCCCACUUCGUCCCCGAACCCCUUCUCUCAACUAGGCGUCAAGACCGACGAGCCGCCUAAGAAGCGCAUCACGAUCAAACCCGCACAGCCACCGAGCAAUGGCCCAACGCCGCAGCCCACUCAGAAGGCGCCGGAGUUGAGCAUAGAAGCGUGGGAGGAUCGGACGCUCAGCAAUAUUUUUAGGAUAACCCUGGAUGAGAACCAUACGCAAGAUGCACAUGGGCACAAGCUGUUCUUUGCGUCUGGCGCUAAGAGCGACCUUGUAGAUGAUGGCAGGCCAGUUCGCCUGUCAACAGAUUUGCUGGAUUCCGUCAUUCUGGAGGCGGCGUCGAGCCAAACACAAGGCCCAGCACUAGAAUAUCUGAUGAGCUGCUGGAAGCGUGUAUCCAAGGUGCUCAAGAACCUCGCAAACAAGACAGGUCCACGGUUUGAGGUCGUCAAGGAGGCCCGGCGGUUAUGCUUCAGUUAUUGCAUUUUCGCUGUUACCAUGCCAGACAUGUUUGGCGAAGAGGCGCCCGCAGAGAAUGCAUUAGCUGAUCGUUUGCUUCUCGGACCGGACGACGAGCGCGGCAUCUGCUAUGAGUUCCUCACCGAAGCCAGCCAGCGAAUAGGCGAAGACGAUACUAUCAGGGAGGCACUGGUGGGUGCCAUGGAGGACGUCAGCCGACGCCUCUCCAAAGUCUCAAUGAACGGAGACUACAAGCCACACAUGCUAAUUUUGAGGAUAUUCGUCCGAUUUCCGCCGCUCGUAGCUGCCUUGGCGCAGUCCGAGACGUUCUUGCCCGCCAACAUCGAGGCCCAGCAUAUCGAGACACACAGCUUCCUAGGACCCUUUUUCCGGUUAUCCCCUAUGCAGGCGGAAGUGGCCAUGAACUACUUCUCCGGCUCAUCGGCUGUUGACAAGGGACUGAUCGCAAACGCACAACGCGCUGUCCGCAUGACUCUUCAGACGCAUCAGGAAGAACUACUCGACAUCACAAAUACCUUCAUCAAGAACAAGGAAUCUCGCGAGAAGAUGCUAGACUGGUUGGCGCUGACAGUCAACAAGAACCACAAAAGGCGUGCGAUGCAAGUGGAUAGGAAGGCAGUCUCGUCAGACGGCUUCAUGGUCAACGUGACGGUUAUAUUAGAUCGUUUAUGUGAGCCGUUUAUGGACGCCACAUUCUCCAAGAUUGAUCGAAUCGACAUCGACUACCUGCGCCGGUCGCCUCGCGUCGACAUCCAAGACGAAACCAAGAUUAAUGCUGAUCAAAAGACGUCGGAUGACUUCUACAGCACUAAAGCCUCGGGUACCAACAACUUCAUCAGUGAGGUCUUUUUCCUCACUGUCGCUGCUCAUCAUUAUGGUCUGGAGGCCGCGAACACCAAGCUGAGCACCCUUCAAAAGGACGUGAAGUGGCUUGAAAAGGAGCUUGUUAAGCUUGAACCUGAGCGGCCGAAGUACAUGACUAGCCAGGCGCAGCUUGCUAUUUUUGAUAAUCAUAUCAAGAAGAUCAAGGACCAGAUCGAGCGGGGCAAAUGUAGCAUUCUGGCUAUCCAGGGUGUCUUGCUUGACGAGACCAUGCAGGCUCGAUCUAUGCAACUGAUGCGAUAUGUCAUCGUAUGGCUAUUACGGCUCGCUUCGCCUGGGACCUCUUUCCCCAAGUCAGAGCUCCAGCUACCUCUUCCCAAAGAACAGCCAGUACAGUUCAAGUGUCUUCCUGAGUAUUUCGUUGAAGACAUUGUCGGAAACUUCAAGUUCAUCACUCGCUACAUGCCGCAUAUUAUCACAACCACACAGUGCGAGGAACUGGUUAAGAUCUGCAUUGCUUUCUUGCGAAGCUCAGAGUACAUCAAGAAUCCGUACUUGAAGUCUGGUCUGGUGACAAUUCUGUUCCACGGAGUAUGGGCGAUCCAUGGUAGGCCUAAGGGCGUGCUUGGCGACACGCUCUUCGCUCAUGACUUCGCAAUGAAGCACCUACUGCACGCAUUGAUGAAGUUCUACAUAGAAUGCGAGAGCACCGGAACACAUACGCAGUUCUUCGACAAGUUCAACAUUCGAUACGAGAUCUUCCAGGUCAUCAAGUGCAUUUGGCCGAACCCGAUCUACCGAGAGCAUCUUGCGACUGAGGCGCGCGUCAACCUGGACUUCUUCGUUCAAUUCGUCAACCUGCUUCUGAACGAUGUAACAUUCGUUCUGGAUGAGUCAUUUACUGCUUUCAAGGAGAUUCACGAUCUUUCGAGAGAGUUGAAGAACGCACCAGCAAAUAUGGAGCAGACUGCACGUCAAGAGCAGGAAGAGAAGCUGUCGUCAGCCCAGGGUAAGGCCAAAAGCUACAUGCAGCUCACCAACGAGACCGUUGCCAUGUUGAAGCUGUUCACCGAGGCGCUGGCGGAUUCGUUCACCAAGAAAGAGGUCGUCGUGCGACUAGCGCAUAUGCUGGACUACAACUUGGAGGCGCUUGUGGGCCCCAAGAAGUCGCAACUCAAGGUCGAGAAUCCUGAAGAGUAUGGCUGGAAUCCUAGGAACAUGCUGGCAGAGGUUACCGACGUCUACCUCAACCUGGAGAGCAAACAGUCGUUCAUUGAUGCUGUGGCGACAGACGGACGCUCUUAUCGAGAGGAGUACAUGACUGAAGCCUACAAGAUUCUGCAGCGCUUCAAGCUGAAAACGCCCGAGCAGAUGGAGCAAUGGCAGACCAUGUCUGACCGUAUCAAGGAGGCAAAGGCUCAGGCCGACAUGGUAGAGGCGGAUCUUGGAGAGAUCCCAGACGAAUACUUGGAUCCUAUUCUUGCUUCCCUCAUGGAAGACCCAGUCACCCUACCUAUUAGUAAACAGAUAGUCGAUCGCGGCACCAUCCAAGCGCAUCUCCUCAGCGACCCACACGAUCCGUUCAACCGUACGCCACUCAAGAUCGAGGACGUCAUCCCCAAUGAUGAACUCCGAGAGGAGAUUCAGAGCUGGAAGGCGAAUCUGCUCGCCCAGAAGAUGGCUGAACGUAACGCCGCUGCUACCGCACCAGCUGGUGAUGCCAUGGACACUUCGUAG